ACCGUCCUCCUUCUGGGAGGAGAGAAUCAGAGACUUCCCAGAAAGGAGGAGAAGGAAAAUUUGCGUCACAAGGGACCUCACCUAAGAUUAAGAAAGACUGCAACAAUCCCAAUACGGUUCUUUACAAAAGCACUACAAAAACGUGGUCCUUUUCUAUAUUUGUUCUUUUUUACCCUUUAUUUCUAAUAUCGUAUUCAUUCACAUCGGCCUGCCUUCUUGGUUCUUGGCCGGGUUUUUGCAAGUGUUUCUAGGACAUUUCAUCUGGUAUUUCGAUCGCAAAGUUGAUUUACCUCUAAGUUUCUCAUUUUAAUUGUGAAAUUCGAUUACUUUGUGAAAUCUUGCCCAUAAAUUCUUCUGAGUUUGCUUCAAAUUUCAUUCUCCAUCAUUCAUAACCUGUAUUCCACCUCAUUUUGGAUAUUGUUUGUGUUUUGGUAAUUUUUGGCCUGAAGAUCGAUCUGGGUGUGCUUCACAAUCAGUAAUAUCAUCAUCCAGAAUCUCAAUUGCUUCUGCAAGUAUGGUUUCUUUGACUGGUUCAAUGUUAUUUCCUGCUGCUGUACAGCAUGGCUCUACUGGGUCUGCUAGAUUCUCUAUUUGGGGUACGGACACAACCUCUUCGUUCUGCUAUAAUCAGAGAAAGGUUCUCUGCGCUUGUAUGGCACCUCCGCGAAACAUAGGCAGCGAUGAAUAUGGAGCAACCAAAUUCAAUCAAUUAGGGACGGUAUUGGAACCAGAGGAUGAUUCUGAUGUUCUAAUUGAAUGUAAAAAUGUCUACAAGUCAUUUGGGGAUAAGGAUAUACUGAGAGGUGUCAGCUUCAAGAUUAGACAUGGUGAAGCUGUUGGUAUAAUUGGACCUUCAGGAACUGGGAAAUCUACAAUAUUGAAGAUUAUUGCAGGACUUCUUGCUCCAGACAAGGGUGAGGUUUAUAUUCGAGGUAGAAAGAGAGAUGGUUUAAUAAGUGAUCAGGACAUAUCAGGGGUUCGAAUUGGAUUGGUGUUCCAAAGCGCAGCACUUUUUGAUUCUUUGACUGUACGUGAAAAUGUUGGUUUCCUUUUGUAUGAAAACUCAACCAUGGGAGAGCAUCAAAUCUCAGAGCUUGUGAAGGAAACGUUGGCUGCUGUAGGUUUGAAGGGGGUUGAGGAUCGAUUACCUUCAGAGCUAUCUGGUGGAAUGAAGAAAAGAGUCGCCUUAGCUCGAUCUAUAAUUUUUGAUAUCACAAAAGAAUCAAUAGAGCCAGAGGUGCUUUUGUAUGAUGAGCCAACUGCUGGACUUGAUCCAAUUGCAUCUACUGUAGUUGAAGAUCUUAUCCGUUCUGUCCAUAUGGUAGGAGAUGAUGCAAUAAGGAAACCAGGAAAAAUUGCGUCUUACGUGGUUGUUACGCAUCAGCAUAGUACCAUUAGGAGGGCUGUUGACAGGUUGUUGUUCCUUUAUAAAGGGAAGGUUGUUUGGCAAGGAAUGACUCAUGAAUUCACAACCUCCAGCAACCCAAUUGUUCAACAGUUUGCAUCAGGGAGCCUGGACGGGCCAAUCAAAUAUUAGGACACAAAUCUUGGUGGUGUUUAUUAUGUAAUUUGAAGGUAAGAAUUGUUAGAAGCAUUUACUGCAAAUUUUGGCAGUGUCCACCUGAUCUAGAUUUUCGCACGCGUCAAGCUGACCGAAGCUGUUGGCGUCGGUAAAAAUUAAACUGACCGCCGAGUCGUCAAUCUUGAUUUACAAGAGAUGGGAAUUUGACAUUUAGAAAAGAGAGAGGAGAAGAAAGAAAAGAGAAGAAAUGUGAUAUUCUUUGUAGUUUGUAAUACAGUUCAUGAAAUUUGGCCAUUUCUGUUAGUCAUUGUAGGUAAGGGCAACAAAUUAUAGACAAUAGCAGUUCCGAUCGUACUCCCACAUAACAUAAUUAAAGGUGUUCAUCCUCUAUUUUGUGUUUAA